AAAGAUAAUGAUGUAGAGUCUUCAAGCAUUCGCAUACAACUUUCAGCUUACGUAACUCUCGUAGACACUACAAUCUACAGCGAGUAACAAUAUGUCCGGAAAGGAGUCACAUGAAAGCUUAGAAGGACAAGAAAUUACCGAGCCUCUUCUACAAGAAAACCCCAAUAGAUUCGUUCUUUUUCCGUUAAAGUUUCCCGACAUAUGGGAAUUUUACAAGAAAUCAGUUGCCUCCUUCUGGACCGUGGAAGAAGUCGAUUUGGAGAAUGACUUGUUGGACUGGGAAAAACUUAACUCUCGUGAAAAGCAGUUUAUUUCUCAUGUUUUGGCUUUCUUUGCUGCCAGUGACGGAAUAGUUGGCGAAAACUUAGUAGAAAGAUUUUAUCAAGAAGUGCAAAUCCCUGAAGCGAGAUGUUUUUAUGGUUUUCAAAUUGCAAUGGAGAACAUUCACUCCGAGAUGUAUUGUCUUUUGAUUGACACUUUCAUACGAGAACCCGACGAAAAACAGAAGCUUUUUAAUGCCAUUGAAACUUUUCCCUGUGUCAAGCAAAAAGCGCAGUGGGCUUUUAAAUGGAUGGAUAAAAAUGGAAAUGCCUCUUUUGGAGAAAGACUUGUUGCUUUCGCGGCCGUGGAGGGGAUUUUCUUCUCAGGAGCAUUUGCGUCAAUUUUUUGGCUUAAGAAAAGGGGUUUGUUGCCAGGGCUUACAUUUUCUAAUGAGCUCAUCUCAAGAGAUGAAGGCCUUCAUUGCGACUUUGCUUGCCUACUGUUUUCACAUUUGAGACAAAAGCCAAGCAGAGACCGUGUGAAUGAGAUUAUAUGCGAAGCCGUUGCUAUAGAGAAAGAUUUCUGGACAGGUGCUCUACCUUGCCAUUUGCUUGGCAUCAACUGCAAUCUAAUGGGCAAAUACAUUGAGUUUGUGGCUGACCACCUUCUAGUCGAGUUAGGAUUUGAAAAGAGUUACAAUGCCGACAAUCCCUUUCCUUUUAUGGAAAAUAUAUCUUUAGAAGGCAAGGCUAAUUUCUUUGAGAGAAGGGUUGCAGAGUAUCAAAGAAAUGGUGUGAUGAAUGAGAAAUGGGAGAACUUUGUGUUUACUACAGAUGCUGAAUUCUAAUUUGUAACUAGUCUUGUUGCUAUUUGGUCAUUUGUUAGCCUGCGAGCAAGCUCUCCUAUUUGGGCAAGUGAAGCGAGUCUCGAGAAAACGCACGAGCGAGCGGC